CACUACCGCAAUCUUAUCAAUUGCGCUAAGGUCGUCGACGAGCUGCUGACGCAGCGUCUUUGUCCGUAUUCAUCUUCCCCAAUUUUAACCCUUCUUCGAUCUCCAAAGCUUCCAAAAUUAUCCAAAACCUAAUCGAUUGAUUGACCGAUAAUCCAUGGCAUCCUGCGGCCGCUGUCAGCCCAUCACUGUCCCUCGCGCUUCCCUCGCCGGCGACCCCCUCCGCCACCGCCGCCGAGUCUGUCCUCUCUCCACCCUUUCGUCUCUGAUUCCCUUCCGCCUUUCUUCCGAUACCCAGGGAUUGGUGAGGGUGAGAAGGAGUGGAUCAUUUGGUGGGAAGAGAGUUCCUGGGAUCUUUGUUAUGGCGAGUGGUGGAUCGAAUGAUGGCGAGUGGAGGAGCGUUGGGACGCCGCUUGAGCCGCUGUCGCCUGAAGGGCAGUUUUUGUGUGGGAUUCUUAAGAACCAACCUCAUAUUUUCCGAGUUGCUGCUUCUGAGCAAUUAAAAGAGCUAGCUUUGGAAAGGGAGAGUGCUUUUGCUCGCUGGGAACAAAGUGUUGGUUCUUCUGAGCAUCCACUUCAUGGGAGGAUAGCACAAAUGAAAGAACAAGAGUGCCAGAUUGCUGCUGAAGAUGUAAUGUACAUGUUAGUUGUUCAUAAUUUUUCUGAAAUAAAAGUCCCCAUGGUCCCCAACCUAUCAAAAUGCACCAGUAAUGGAAGAUUAGAGAUAUGGUCAUCAAAAGAUAGAGAGCUGGAGUCGAUCCAUGGAUCUGAGGUCCUAGAGAUGGUAAGGGAGCAUCUGUCCAAUAUUCUCAGAUGGAAAGGGAAAUCCGAUGCUUCAGCAAAUUGGUCAACAAUGAAGAUGAAAAGGCUGCAGCUUGGGCGGCUAUAUGCAGCUUCGAUUUUAUACGGAUACUUUCUGAAAUCUGUCUCUCUGAGGCACCAUCUAGAACUCAGCCUUGCUCUCUCCUAUGAAGAUCUCUCACUCAACAAAAUGAUACAAUUUCCACUACCCAAGGUACACAAGCAUGAGCCCGAAGAGAAUCUGGUACCCCUUGGCUGUUCAAACGACAUGACAUUAUCGUUGUGCCCAAGUAAAAAUAGAGGAGGCAAAGCGAAACGGCUGAGAGGAUACAUGAUGGGCUUUGAUUCAAAGACUUUACAGUUAUGUGCGAAGUUGAGAUCCAUUGAAGCUGCAAAUCUGAUCGAGAAACAUAGCUGGGCAUUGUUCAGAGAUCAAGAGAGCCAGAACUUAUCAAAGGACGAGUUGAUUGAUGUCUCAUUCUCAGGUUUAAAGAGACUGGUUUUGGAAGCUGUUGCAUUUGGUACUUUCCUUUGGGACGUGGAGGGAUAUGUGGACUCUGUUUACAGAUUGAAAGAGUCUUGAGAGAGAACUUAUUAUUCACCAAUUUGCUCAUUUUAACAGCUCGGAGGAUUUGACCUGAAGUUUUCUUGUGAUACAUAUAUAGAAAGCCUUUCUUAGAGUAGGACGGGAGUGAACUCUGUCUUGGGGUUUCAUGGCAUUUGCUCUGUGGUCAUUACGUUGUCUUCGUUUUCAGAAUGUACAUAUUACCUGUAUCAACUUGCUUUUAGAAUUUUACUUCCCGUGUGUGUGUAUGAAUAUAGACAUAGAACUAAUUGUAGUUUUUGAUUGCAGUUGGAAUAAUUGUUUGGAGAUUUAA